AUGCCUCAACUAGAAUGGAUCCUCCUCGACUGCGAUAAUACGCUCGUCCUUUCCGAAGCCCUUGCCUUCGAAGCCUGCGCCGAGCUCGCCAACGAGAUCCUCGAGAAGCAAGGCAUAUCCGAACGUUAUACCGGCCCACAGCUCCUCAAAGAAUUCGUCGGGCAAAACUUCCGCGGCAUGAUGGUGUCGCUUACCAAGAAGUUCAACUUCACGCUCACCGACGAGGAGUUCGAUACCUACGUCGACCGCGAGCUGGGCAAGGUCGUCGAGACGCUCGAGAAGAAGGCCGAGCCGUGCAUUGGCGUCAUGGACGAGCUCGAGAAGGUCUUCGCAGAGAAGAAGUACAAGAUGGCUGUCGUGUCCUCCUCGGCUCUCUCGCGUGUCCAGGCCUCGAUCCGCAAGGUCGAAAUGGAUAAGUUCUUCGACCCAAGCCACGUUUACAGCGCCGCGUCUUCGCUCCCCAAGCCCACCUCCAAGCCAGACCCGGCCAUCUACCUGCACGCGUGCAAGGAGCUGGGCACCAAGCCCGAGAACUGCGUUGCCGUUGAGGACAGCAAGAGUGGCGCGACGGCGGCGAAGAACGCCAAGAUCCCGCUGAUCGGCUACGUUGGGCCGUAUGACGAGGACGAGAAGGAGCACAUGCGCAAGGUGCUCAAGGAUGACUGCGGCGCUAUCGUUGUCAUGGAGCACUGGAAGGAUUUCCCGGAGGCUAUCAAGAAGGUCGAGGAGAUGAUGACGAGUGGGAAGCUCUGA